CAUUUCCUGCCGUUAGGUUUUGCUCGCCUGCCGAGCCCACUCCUCCCUCCCGGUGGUGGCCGCCCGCCGGAAUCACAUCCGCCGCCCGUCGACGGGAACAUCCGACCGGCCUAAUCUGCCCGGACCACGCCGUCCCCAUAUCCGGCUUCCUCGAGCAAGUCUCGUCCCCUAGCCCCGCGCCGCCGGCGCCAGCGACGUCUCCCACCCUGUCGUCACCGGUUCUCCGCUGCUCCUGUCUCAGGUAACUUGGAAACAGAUAUUUCGUUGUUGGAAAAACUUCUCUUGUUUUUACAAUGGAAGCCAAGUUUUUCCGGUUUCUGAAGCUCGUUGGAGUUGGCUUUAAAGCAAGGACAGAGCGUGAAGGCCGUGAGUUGUUUCUGAAACUAGGCUACAGCCAUGAGGUGCAGUUCACUGCUCCACCUGCCGUCCGUGUCUUCUGCUUUAAACCAAACAUAGUAUGUUGUACUGGUAUUGACAAGGAUAGAGUGCACCAUUUUGCUGGCGCUGUUCGAAGCUGUAAACCUCCAGAAGUGUACAAGGGGAAGGGCAUAUUAUACAUCGACGAGGUCAUAAAGCUGAAGCCAGGGAAGAAGCAAAAGAAGUGACAGAUGGAUAAACCUCCCCAAUUGACUUCUAUCCAAUCAAAAUGCCCCAUCACAUUUCUAGUGCCACCGACUUCCAUGUGGCCGGUUUUCUUGUGCAGGGUUAUCGUUGCCCCAGUACCAUGCUGGAAUCUGUAAUACUCCCCAUGCGCCUGUACUGUAUGACAUGCAUACCAUAGGGUUGGAUCACCACAUUCAAACCUUUUUGUUUCAUUUUGAGCUGGCUAGAUUUUUUCAGUGUGUUUGCUGCAGCCACUACUCUAUCCAUCCUUUUUCUAAACACCGGCUCAUUGCUUGUUAUGAACUUUUGUUCCAGAUUUCCAGACCUAGAAUCUGUGGUUCUAGACGUAUGAUAUGUGCUGGUGAUUUUGCUAAA